AUGGAUAAUAGGUAAGGUAUUGAAUUGGAGGAUGAGUUUUAUGCCUUAUAAAGUCCUUAGCACAUAUUUUAGAAGAUCGAUUGCUUUGUCACUUUAGGAUAAUAUGACUUGGAUGAGGAUGAAAACGAAAAUUUUCCCUAACACAUAUAGAUUGAACAGCCAGAAAUCAAAAACUUGCGGCUACAUAAAUUUUUUAAUGCUGAGCCUGAAGUCAAUUAAUUUGUUCAAAAGUAAUAAGAAGUCUAACAUGAACCUAAAAUGAGACCUCAACGUAAGAUGUCUCAUAGUUUACCAUCAUUUAUGGAAGAGAUAGACACUUUAAUUUCUUAGACCAUUGAAAGAUAAAAUGUAUUCUUAGAAUAAUAAAAAUAUAAUGUAAACAAUUUUGGUUAUUUAAAUUUAGGAUGCCUUAAAUAAUAUUGAUAAUUUUACGUUUUUAGAGCAAUCUCUUACUCAACCCUAAGUGUUCAAAUCUUUCUAUUCACAAUAUAUAAGAACAAUUAAUAAGUUAAGAAUGUAUAGAUAAUAAAAAAGGUACAAAUUUACUUAAUUUUAGAUUGGAUGUUAAAUAAUUUAUGGCAUUUGUUUGUUCUUUGGGAAUAGAUUUCAUUCAUGAGAUAUUUAAUCUAAUCCAUAAAGCAGAUAGCUCUUGGUGUUUUGAGCUAUUGAAACAAGAAGGUUUAACCUAAUAGAUGCAAAAUGAAAAUUAAUAACCAUUUUUUUCAGAUUUUAAAUUAUAGAAAACUUAAUUUUAAUAACCUUAUUAAUAAUAAUAAUAAUAAUAAUAAUAAUUAUAAUAAUAAUAAUAAUAAUAAUAAUAAUAAUAACAAUAAUAACAAUAAUAACAAUAGAUUGAUAAUAAUAAUGAAUAGUAUUAAUAAUAAAAAAUAUCGUAGAUAUAAUAGUAAUAAAAUAGUAAUAAUGGGAAUUCAUAAAAAUAAUAAUAAAGUGCUUUAAGUAUUGUAAAUGAAGCAAUAGAAAAGAAAGGAAGAAAGACUUGGUCAAAUAAGGAAAUGGAAACCCUGCAUAAUUUUAUAAAUACUUACUAAAAUAGUUCAAUUACGAAUUAAUAAAUCUAAGACUUAUCUAAAUAGUUGGGAAGAACUUGGUAUUCAGUUUAAUCGAAAAUACAAAAGCUAAAGAAGAAUGUAUAAGAUUAAAUGAGCGAUGUAAGAAGUUAGAGUAUGAAAGAUGAUCCAUCAAAAGAUUAAUUAAAAAUGUAAAGGAUCAGUACUAAAUACGAUUAUACAGUAGAGGAUAUGAUUAAAAUAACUUUGUAAUAAUUGGAUGGAAAAUGUGGUACAAAAUAGAAGAUCAUUGAAUCAAUCAAUCAAAAUUUUUUUAAUGGGUAAUUAUCUGAAGAUUCAGCUUGUUUAAGAUCAAUUUCAAUUACCCUAUCUAAUAAUCGGAGUUAAUUUAUCAAAAAAAUAAAGGGCAAUUUUGGUUUAAAUGAACAUUAUUAAGAUAAAGGAGAGGAUGACAAUAAAAUGAGAAAUAAACUAGUAUGGAUUUUAUAAAAUCUACCAGAAUAAAGAGGAACUUUAUAAUAAAUAGUUGCUACUUAUACUGAAAAUGCAUAUUUAGAUGAAAUCAAUCUUAAGAAAUUAUAAAAAUAGAUUAGCUAAACACUCAGACUCAGCAAUCGUUUUGACAAAAGAAAUGCUAAAACAAUAUACAAAAUACAAGAAUGAAUUAAUUAAAUUUGUUUGUGAAUAUAACCUAG